CACCAAGGGCUUAUAUCUUCUUUAGCUUAAAUUUGCAAUAUUUUGUAUUGUUUGCCUACUCUUGUGGCUUUGUGUCAUUGAUACUGUUUAAGGAAAGAAAGGAAAUUUUGGUUGUUUCUUUUUCCUAAAACAACUUAUUUUUCCGUGAUAGGCAGGAUCGUCAAUGGACUCGCGGGAACUAACACUAGAGGAGCUGGAAAAGAAGAAGAAGAAAGAAGAAAGGGCUAAAGAAAAAGAGUUGAAGAAACUUAAGGCUGCACAAAAAGCAGAGGCUGCUAAACUUCAGGCACAGCAAGCCUCUAAUGCUUCCAAGUCAGGGAAGAAAAAGAAUGUAAAAAGAGAAGCCGAGGAUGAAAACCCCGAGGAUUACAUUGAUCCAGAAACAUCUGUGGGUGAGAAGAAAAAGCUGUCUCGUCAAACGGCGAAGACAUUCAAUCCCAGUGCUGUCGAGAAAUCGUGGUAUGCAUGGUGGGAAAAGUCCAAAUUCUUUGAGGCAGACCCUAGCAGCUCAAAACCGCCUUUUGUCAUUGUUUUACCACCUCCAAAUGUCACGGGGGCUCUACAUAUUGGGCAUGCCCUUACUGCUGCAAUACAGGAUGCAAUUAUUCGCUGGAGAAGAAUGUCUGGAUACAAUACAUUAUGGGUGCCUGGUACGGAUCAUGCUGGAAUUGCCACACAGGUUGUUGUGGAGAAGAAGAUUAUGAGGGAAAGGAAAUUGACGAGGCAUGAUGUUGGUCGUGAAAGCUUUGUAGACGAAGUGAGUCUAGCCAUAUGUAUCUUAAUUCUCUUAUAAUAAUUUUUUUCCCCUUCAUA